AUGAAGAAAUCCAUCAUUUUCCUGUUGGUUGCCUUACUGGUUCUCUUUGUUGCUUGUUGUUAUUGUCAACAACCACCUCAACCUCAACCUUCUGCCUCUCCACCAGCUGGACAACAAGUCGAUCCAGCAGAUUCUGAAGAUACCUCAGAUGGUGAGGGACAAUCGGGUCAAUCAGGUCAAGGAGGAAGUGGUCCUUCUGGAUUUGAAAGUGAAUACGAUGAGGCGAAUUAUUGGUAUCCUUACUAUCAUCAUCGUCGACCCUAUAGAUAUAGAUAUCGUUAUAGAUAUCCUUAUCGUUAUCCUUACUAUCACUAUUACUAA